UUCCACUGAUGCAACUCCGUUCUCCAUGCCCACUCGUUCCUCCCGCCGCCGCGCAGCCGGGCGCCUGAAGCUGCUCUCGGGCGAGAUCGGGAACUUAGCGUGUUGGCGCGAACCAAAAAUGACGGCCAGAUCAUUACUUGCCAGACGCACAGGUCCUCAUGUUAUCAUGGAAGAGGUUGGGGCCGUUGAAGUGACGUCGGUGGAAGCGUCUUUGCCUUUGGAUGGCGUAGUGCACAUAUUCGAUACUAACGGCCCUUCAAUGUCACUUGCGGAGCCAGGAAACGAAGGCUGUGACCGCAUGAAUGAGUAUGACCUCUGGGUGGCCGAUGAGAGUACCGACUGGGACCUGGCGGGAGACCACAAUUACAACAGUGGCCCUAAGAAAGGCUCCAGCUUUCACCGUGCUGAAGCCGGUACACCAAGGGAUGCCACAAACUGGUCCCACGCUGAGGUUCUUCUUUUGAUUGCAUGCUACCAGCGUCACAUGCUAGAUUUUCAUGACAGGAAGAAAAAGAGAAAAGAUAUUUGGAUUCAAAUAAGCACAGAAAUGAGGGCGCGUGGCCAUUUGAGAACAGCCUCUGAUUGCGAGACGAAAUUUAAAGGGCUAAAAAGAACCUAUGAUAAACAUCGGCAACACAAGCGGAAGAGCGGAAGGGAUAGGAAGGAGUGGCCCUUCUACAGGGAGAUGGACAACUUGUUGUCUUCAAGUGCAGAGUACCAAGCACCAAUUUCAUCAAGUAUGCCUACGCAGCCGUCCACAUCAGCCACGUCACCUGUUAGUGUACAGCUCUUGGGAGCGGCUCGGGAAACUCAUGGAGCCACUGGUGAGAACACUGAUAGUUUUUCUGAUGAGCGUUCCUCCCAACACAAUGCAGCACAAGUUGCUGCCAAGGCAAAACGCCGUAAAACACCAGCAACUCUGUUGCAAGACAUCCUGAGCAACAUGGAGGCAUGGCAGGAUGAAGAACGCCAACGUUACAAGCAGCAACUGAAAAUGCAAAGAAUGAAGCUGAAAAUGCUGAAGCGCAUUGCGGAGAGCACCAGUUAAGAUGUUUGUUAGUUAAGGCAGUUAUUUUGUGGAAUUAAUUAAGAACAGGAACACGUUUCUUUUUUUUUGCGGCUUGUGUGACUGCCUAGGUGUCUGACUGUGGAAUGCAUACUCAGAAUGUACAUUCGACAAUUUUGUUUUGCUAUGGUUAAUGAAAAGCUGUUUAGAAAGUCUGAAGAGCGUAUGCUGUAAACCUUAUAAAUUAUUUCAAAAUUCUAGAUUUUGAAAA